AUGUUCUCCGAAAGGAAAGGACAUGAGAAGUAUUGCCCUUUUAAUACUUGCCCAUGUCCAUCCCUAGACCCAGCCUUUCAAUGGGAAGACACGUACCUACAGGCGCAUCCCCAUCUGUUAGAACAUCAUCCAACAAUGUUGAGUCUGGACGAUUACGUAAUACAUUCAGCCGUGACCGGACUGGUCCUAUCUUCAUCUCUGGUGUGGACCUCUCGUCUGAAAUGCUAUCAACAACAUUUUCUAAUUCAGAUUAUCAAAACUAAGACAGAAAAUAAAUUCUUUUAUCCAUAUAUUAUAGUCUGGAUUUUGACUAAUAAACGUGACGCUGCUCGAUUCCUGGGGAAGAUAGAGGUCAAGGGAAGAGGAAGAUCGAUGAGCUGGAGUUUCGAUCCACGGAGCAUAACCAGUGAAGCUCAAGGGAUUAUGAGGAACGGCGAUUGUUUAACCUUGACUUCGAAGGUAGAGGAAAGAAUGCUAGAGCAACAAGCUCUAGGGGUGAGCGUGAUUAUAGACAAGCGGGAAUUUUGA